CCGCUCAUCAAAUGAGUUAAAACUGAAUCCCAUCGGUAUAAAAGGGAAAAGUUCACGGGCAAAUCUUUCUCCUUCAUUCUCUUCUUGCUCUUUGCUCUUCGGCAGUACACUGUUCGUAGACUUUACUGUACUACGAUAUCUUUGUUACGCCUUCUUUCUUACGUCGCUGACGUCUGCUUUCAUUUUGACUAUUUUUGCAUAAAGAUUUUUUCCUGGAUUGUUGUUGUUGUUGCUGUCUUUUUAAUCAAUUUGCUGUUCUGAUGUUCUUUGUUUGAAAAUACAAGUCCAUUAAAACCCGUUGUAUUUUUGUACCAUUGACAAGUUGCUUGUAUUACUGCGGGCGGCAUACUCUGUUGAAUCGCUUUGUAUAAUAUUUAUUGUUUCUGCCUGUAUUGAGACUUGAAACAUAUUGUGAAAUACUUUUAUUGUCUUUGUUUUAAUAUGGCACCAGCACGAAGGAAUGCAUCUGACAUAUGGAAUUACAUGUCUAAGACUUCUCCAGGGAUUGUCACCUGCAACACAUGUGGCUCCACUUUCAACUACAUAGCAGGAGGAACCACAUCGAACUUGAGAAGGCAUAUAGCGGUAAAACACAUGAAAGUACCAGAGCCGAUCCCAAUGAACAAGAACACUGAAUCACAUGAAAACCUCCAGCCUAGGCCACCAGUCAUGACCCAACCUUCAGUUCGCAGUGCUCUUGCCAGGGUGAACAAGUAUGAAACUGGCUCCACGAAGAAAACAGCUCUCGACGACUUGCUGUUAGGAAUGAUUGUGAAAGACCUGCAGCCGUUUUCUGUUGUGGAAGACCAGGGUUUUAGGGACUUUGUGGAAGGUCUAGAUCCUCGUUAUGAGUUGCCAAGCAGAAGGACCAUCACAAGAGACCUACUGCCAAGAAAAUUUAAGACUGAGGAGGACGAGCUGAAAACAGUACUACGGGAAGCGAGACAUGUUGCCAUCACUACAGAUCUAUGGACUUCACGUCAGACAGAAUCGUAUAUUACAGUAACGGCACACUUUUUGGCACCUCACACUUCAUGGAAACUGCAAGCAGCUGUCCUGGCGACACAGAAGGUAGCAGUGGACCAUACUGCUGCAAACAUUGCUGUACUAUUAAAGGACUUGUUUGAGCAGUGGGACAUUGAGGAAAAGAUCUCGUCCAUUGUCACUGACAACGCCUCCACAAUGGUUUCUCUAGUGAACGACCAUAUGAAGAAACACCACGUCAGAUGUUUUGCCCAUUCCCUGAACCUGAUCGUCAGAGACGGUUUAAAGAACAGUGGCGACCUCCUCAUAGUGAUUGGUAAAGUGAAGGCAAUUGUUUCUUUUUUUCACCACAGCGUGAAGGCUGCAGAAAAGCUCCGUAGUUUCCAGUCGACUCUUGGACUACCACAGAAGAAACUGAUUCAAGACGUAGAGACCAGGUGGAACUCCACUUUGAAGAUGCUAUCGAGAUACGCUGACGAGCACACAGCAGUGACGGGAGCCCUCUGUUCUAUGGGAAGAACAUCCAUGAGUGUGACUGACUCUGAGGUCGACACGAUCCGCAGUGCCAUCGAGGUCCUUUCCCCAUUCGAGCUCGCCACAGAGGAGGCCUCAACAGAAAAGCACACUUCUCUGUCCAAGAUGCUGCCUACGGUGAGGCAAAUUAUGGAAAAACUAUCACAAGAGCCCCAAUCACCUCUGAGAGAUCAGCUUCAGCUGGAGUUAAGAAGACGCUUUUCUUGUCUGGAAGGCAAUUUCACCCUCGGAGCAGCCACACUCCUGGAUCCCAGGUUCAAAAGACUCCCAUUUGCAGACCCCAGCUCGGCUACAAAAGUGGAGGACCGUCUGAUCAAUAUGAUGACAAGAUCCGAGCCUUCAGAGCAAACAGUGCUUGCACAAACACCCCUGGACUCGGAGGCAGAAGAAAGGGAGGAGCCGCCAAGAAAAAAGUCUCUUUGGGACACUUUCGACAGAAAGGUUGAAAACCUGAAAAAAACAACAGUCCCUAACUUAACGGGACCCUACGUGGAAAUGAGGAGGUAUCAUGAGGUAGCUCACCUCAGCCGAACAGAGGACCCAUUCCUGUGGUGGGAAGAAAACCAGUCUAAUUUUCCAAGACUCAGCAUUCUUGCUCGGAAAUAUCUGCACAUUCCAGCAACUUCAGUCCCAGCAGAAAGACUUUUUUCGAAGGCAGGUGAACUGAUAUCUGCCAGAAGAAGUUGUCUCAAAGCAUCGACUGUCAACAUGGUACUGUUUCUCAACAAAAAGAAAAAGUAAACAACCAUCGGGUGUGUACCUCCGAGCCCACGGACGAAGUGGGGGAGGGAAAGGGCACACCCACAAGUGAAAGCUGUCAACGACGUGUGAGGACGAGGACAGUCAGCACCAUUUCUCUAUGUUGUUUAUUUUAUUUUGUUUACAGAGUUCGGUCUCUGAUGUUGUUCUUGGC